AUGGCAGGAAGCAGCCAGCCCUGGAGGACGCAGCUCUUCCCUGCCGGCCAGAUUUACGUCCAACACUUGCAUCAAGCAUGUCUUCACCCCUACCUAGGGAUUGAGUGUGACUUCCUUAAGCUUAACGCUGCCGUCUCCAGCGGGGAGCAAGAUGAGCCGGAACUGUACAUAUUACACGUGGCACACCCACGAUGGUGUCCCGAGUGCGUAGAAGCGCGGAGCAGGAGUAUAUUGGAGGGAUACGAGGGCAGGCUUAAGCAGGCUAGUUCAGAGAGAGAACUGAAACAUAGGGCGUAUAUCCGAGGGGUAAGAGAUGGGAGGGUGCAGGCGUUAUCGAGACCCUUGAGAGAGAGCGAGGCGUUGACGUUGCAGGAGAUGUUGGAGACGCUGCGUCUCGAGAGCGAUGAGGCUGUGGAGGAGACUGAGAGCCGGCGUGAAGAGGAACAGAGGUAUCUGCUAGGCGUUGCUGAAGGGAGGAAGAUCCAGGCAAUGAUUGAACGGAAUGCGAUUGAUGAACAGGAUCCAAGAUGGAGGAGAGAGAAGCUGGCUAGAGCGAUACUCUGCCCUCUUGAGGUUCCGAAAAGGAAUCCCGUCUAUGUUCUCCGGUCUAUUCUGCUUUCCUCUCCUGUUGUUGAGCUUUGGCUCAGCUGA